AUGUCAUCCUAUCAUUCAUCACCAUCACGAUCAACACCAUUACCAAUAUCAACUGAAAAUUCUUCAACAACAUAUGAUCCAUUUUUUUCAACAUUUGAUCAAAAUUCAUUUGCAAGUCAUUUUUCAACAACUGGUGUACCAUAUCAAUUUUAUUCAGAUGCAGCUACAUCAUAUUUUUCAAGUCAAGCUAGAAAUUAUUCAGAUUAUUUUUGUCAACAAACAGAACAACCAAUAAAUACAAAUCCAUCAUCAUCAUCAACAACAACACCAAUUACAAAUUCAUGGUAUCAACCAACACAUUGUACGGAUCCAAGAUUUGCAAUGUCACGUUUAUUAACUGGUCAAACAUCAUCACAAUAUGAUAUGUAUCCAUCAGGAACAGCUAUUGGUGAUCCAUUAAAAUCACCAUAUCAUCCAUUUGCAUUUGCACCAAAACGUAAACGACGUGUUCUAUUUAGUCAACAACAAGUUAUGGAACUUGAAAAACGUUUUGAUAAAAAUCGUUAUUUAAAUUCACAAGAUCGUGAUCAAUUAGCACAUUCAUUAAGUUUAACAUCAACACAAGUUAAAAUUUGGUUUCAAAAUCAUCGAUAUAAAACAAAAAAAGCAACAAAAGAAAAAUCUGGAACGAAUUGUAGUGAUAGUGGUGAUGAACAACAACAACAACAACAACAACAACAAACUUUAAAUAAUAAUAAUCAUCAUCAACAACAACAACAACAAAUGCAAUCAAACAUGUUUCAAUCUCAAGUACCUGUAUCAGGACAAACACAUCAACGACUUCAUCAUUUACAUCAUCAUCAUCAUUUACUUAAACAUGAACCACGAUAA